AUGAGUGAUAAUCCAUUUAACGCGAGUCUUCUCGAUGAAGACUCAAACCGCGAAAGAGAAAUAAUAGACGCUACCACAGAGGCUCUUUCGAAGCCAAAUCCUUCCUUAGAAUACUGUACCUUAUCGAUAGAGGAAACCCUUGAACAACUCCAGACUGAUGGGAACAAUGGUUUAAGCUCUUCGAGCGAGGCCACUAGCAGGAGAGCAGUUCAUGGCUCUAAUGAAAUAACCGUAGAAGAUGACGAGCCUCUUUUCAAGAAGUUCCUGUCCAAUUUCAUUGAAGAUAGAUUGAUCCUAUUAUUGAUCGGGUCUGCUGUCGUCUCUUUCUGCAUGGGUAAUACUGACGAUGCUAUCAGUAUCACACUAGCCAUUUUCAUUGUGGUCACCGUCGGGUUUGUCCAAGAAUAUAGAUCUGAAAAAUCGCUAGAGGCUUUGAAUAAAUUGGUGCCUGCUGAAUGCCAUUUGAUGAGAUGUGGCCAAGAAAGUCAUGUGUUGGCUUCCGCUUUGGUUCCGGGCGAUUUAGUCCAUUUCGGGAUAGGUGACAGAAUCCCUGCUGACCUUAGAAUUAUUGAAGCCACCGAUUUGACCAUUGAUGAAAGUAAUUUAACUGGUGAGAAUGAACCGGUUCAUAAAUCCUCACAAACAAUCGAGAAAUCUUCCUUUAACGACCAACCCAACUCAAUUGUACCGAUCGCUGAAAGAACCUGUAUCGCUUAUAUGGGAACUUUGGUCAAAGAAGGUCACGGUAAGGGUAUUGUUGUGGGAACAGGAACAAACACUUCAUUUGGUGCAGUGUUUGAAAUGAUGAAUAACAUUGAAAAGCCAAAGACUCCACUACAAUUAACAAUGGACAAACUGGGGAAAGAUCUGUCACUGGUGAGUUUCAUCGUUAUUGGUAUGAUUUGCUUAGUAGGUGUCAUCCAAGGCAGAUCUUGGUUAGAAAUGUUUCAAAUAUCGGUUUCAUUGGCAGUCGCUGCAAUCCCAGAAGGGUUGCCAAUCAUUGUCACAGUUACUUUAGCAUUGGGUGUCCUAAGAAUGGCAAAGCGUAAGGCUAUUGUUAGAAGAUUACCAAGUGUCGAAACUUUAGGCUCUGUUAACGUCAUUUGUUCUGAUAAAACCGGUACUUUAACUUCAAACCAUAUGACUAUAUCCAAACUCUGGUGCUUAGAUAGUAUGUCCAACAAAUUGAACGUUUUGUCAUUAGACAAAAAUAAGAAAAGUAAAAAUUCCAAUGGGAAUUUGAAAAAUUACUUAACUGAAGACGUUCGGGAAACCCUGAACAUCGGAAACCUUUGUAACAAUGCCUCCUUCUCUCAAGAACAUGCUUCAUUUUUGGGGAACCCAACUGAUGUUGCCCUUCUAGAACUAUUAACAAGCUAUGAAAUGCCUGAUAUUAGAAACACAGUUCAAAAAGUUCAAGAACUUCCAUUCAAUUCCAGAAGGAAAUUCAUGGCCACCAAAAUUCUUAAUCCUGCUGACAAUAAGUGCACAGUAUACGUUAAAGGUGCGUUCGAAAAAAUUUUGCAGUGUUCUACAAGUCAUUUGAAAUCAAAGGAUAAAAAAACUGAAAAACUGACUGAAACUCAAAAAGACACAAUUAUUGAGUGUGCAAAUUCAAUGGCUUCCGAAGGUUUACGUGUCCUUGGCUUCGCUAAACUGGUAUUAUCCGAUUCAUCAACUCCACUAACGGAAGACCUAAUCAACGAUUUAACAUUUACUGGGUUGAUCGGCAUGAACGAUCCUCCAAGACCAAAUGUCAAAUUUGCUAUUGAGCAACUUCUACAGGGGGGUGUUCAUAUUAUUAUGAUCACCGGUGAUUCCGAAAAUACUGCUGUAAACAUUGCAAGACAAAUUGGUAUUCCUGUCAUUGAUCCAAAGCUUUCUGUUUUAUCUGGUGAUAAAUUAGAAAAGAUGUCAGAUGAUCAAUUGGCUAAUGUCAUUGAUCAUGUUAAUAUUUUUGCUCGUGCUACCCCUGAACAUAAACUAAACAUUGUUCGUGCAUUAAGGAAGAGAGGCGAUGUCGUAGCGAUGACCGGAGAUGGUGUUAACGACGCUCCUGCGUUAAAACUUUCAGAUAUUGGUAUUUCAAUGGGCAGGAUCGGUACAGAUGUAGCCAAAGAAGCUUCUGAUAUGGUUCUAACCGAUGAUGAUUUCAGUACCAUCUUAACCGCUAUUGAAGAAGGGAAAGGUAUUUUCAAUAAUAUUCAAAACUUUCUAACUUUUCAAUUGUCUACCUCUGUGGCUGCGUUAUCGUUGGUCGCCCUGUCUACGGCAUUCAAACUACCCAACCCACUAAAUGCGAUGCAAAUUCUCUGGAUUAAUAUUCUAAUGGAUGGUCCACCAGCUCAAUCAUUGGGUGUGGAACCUGUAGAUCAUGAAGUUAUGAAGAAGCCUCCAAGAAAACGUACUGAUAAAAUUUUGACUCAUGAGGUGAUGAAACGUUUACUUACUACUGCAACUUGUAUCAUCAUAGGAACAGUUUACAUUUUUGUCAAAGAGAUGGCCGAAGAUGGUAAAGUAACUGCUAGAGAUACUACUAUGACUUUUACUUGCUUUGUUUUCUUUGAUAUGUUCAAUGCUUUGGCAUGUAGACAUAAUACAAAAUCAAUUUUCGAAGUUGGAUUUUUCACGAAUAAGAUGUUCAACUAUGCAGUUGGACUUUCACUAUUAGGUCAAAUGUGUGCUAUAUAUAUACCGUUCUUCCAAAGUAUCUUUAAAACCGAACGUUUAGGGGUGUCUGACAUAUUACUGCUAUUACUCAUUAGUAGUACUGUUUUCAUUGUUGAUGAAUUAAGAAAACUGUGGAUGAGGAAAAUGAACGAAAGAGACCCAACGUACUACUCCAAUGUUUGA